GAUCUGCUAUUCGUGUCGUUCCCUACCGCCUGCGAUGGCGUGUCCUCCUUUCUGCGGGAGGGGAGGGCAGUGGGACCCCAACAACAUCCGCUCCAAAUACUGGAUCAAACGCAAACUCGGAAGUAAGCACAAGGCAAAACCUGGGCGAGGAGGUUCUGUAUCUGUUGAGUUCUGCUGUCUGUGCUGCUGUGUGCGCAGCUGGCGCCUUUGGUCAGGUCCGUGCAGCGAUUGAGAAGGAGACUGGCGGUCGGCGAGCCGUCAAGAUGAUCCUAAAGAACGAAGCGCAACACCACGAGGUGAGAACGGGGCGAUGGGAGUAAAGGGCAACCACGUCGGCUUCGUUCUGAUCACUUUUCUCCUUCAGCUAGUCAAUGAAGUGGAGAUAAUGCAGCAGCUCGACCGUAAGCACACAGAGCCCGCCCGACCAGCAUCGCACUGAUGCCUUUUCUCUCUACUGGCCUGUUGCAGACCCCAAUAUUGUCAAGUGGGUGUAGGACGAAGGCCAAUGUCAAUGGUCGGUAUGUCAUCCCCUUUUGCUGCAGGCUGUUUGAUUUCUUUGAGGACAAGAACUUUUAUUACUACGUGAUGGAGCUGUGUGAAGGCGGCGCUCUUCUCGCCAAGCUCGAGGUACUCGGACCGGACCCAGCAAGCCAGAUGGUCGAUGGUAAAUGGGUUCGCACUAUCUGCGCAUAGGACGAGAUAUUUCUGACCGAGGAGACGGCCAGCAAAUACGUCAGGUGAGAGGAGCACACACACGUACACACACGCAUGGUCGUCUCUCUCACAUUUCGAUGCAUUGCAUGUCUGCAGGCAAAUCCUGUCUGCAUUAGAGUACAUGCACGCCAAGAACAUCAUCCACAGGGACAUUAAACCAGAGAAUAUCAUGGUCCUCCUGCACCAAUGAACCAAUGAGAUUGAAGGAGAAAUAAGACCAUGUGCGGUUGCCUCUGUCGGCAUGGUGCAUGGCUUCGUGCAGUUCGCGAAGAAGGAGAGGGGGAAGGAGGCCUUGCUGAAGCUUGUCGACUUCGGUCUUGCCACCCAGCUGCCUGAGGGCAAGACAACCAUCAAAGACGACCCCUGUGGCACUGUCUACUACCUGCCACCAGAAGCAUGCAGGUGCGAGGAAUGGAACAAAAGGCGAAAAAGAUCCCACUCCGUAGCGUCUCGCUCGCUGUGCACAUCAAUUUAGGGGGAUUCACACGGUGAAGGCUGACAUUUGGGCUGUUGGAGUGAUUGUGUACAUGGUUUUGUUUGGCAUGGCGCCGUUCGACGGCAGUGACGCCAAGGAAGUCAUGGUGGGUACGGGAAUGGGUGACUUGCAUUGGUUCAGUCUCUGCCGCUAUGAUUGUCGCUCUCAUUUCGUGCGCGUGGCGUCACAGAGGAAGAUUGUUCACGACGCGCCAGCCUAUUUGAACGCAUCAAAACAGGUAUACCUGCCGUCCUCACCCGAACUCCUCUCUUGAUAGUCUUGGUCAUUUCGCCUCGCCCGCAGGCCCAUGACUUCAUGCGGAAGUGUCUCGAGAAGGACCCCAACAAGCGAUUCACCGCGACACAAGGUGGGCCGGCAGGGACAGGGGGAGGCAGCUGUCUGCGUUUCUCCUAUCUGCCUCUCCUUCCCCUUGCUGCGUCAGCGCUGGAGCACCCAUGGAUAGUGAAGGCCGGCAGCGAGCGGCUGGACAAGAAGAAGAUAUCUGACGUCAGGUCCGUCCUCGACCUACACAGACAGUCCGUCUCGCGGAGGCAAGAGGUGCGGACACAACAGCAGCAAAUAGAGACACAAACAAGUCAAUCUUGCCUUCUGGCCGCAGAUUGACACGAUUGUGCGGCAACGUAUCAAGGACGAGAACAGAGGGCACCGCGAGGUCAGGUCAACAGUGGAUGACCGCUCUCAUUGCUUCCGUGCGACUGUCUUGUCUGUGCUGUGCCUACCUCUGUGCUCCAGAAGCGCCGCGAGAGCCGCAGAAUGUCCAUGGUGUCGGGGUCACAAUCCUCGGUCAGUCACCUCGAUUGUAUCGAUAUGCAUCAAAGGCCGCAGCUGGAUCACCACACAUGUCUCUCUCUCUCUCUGUGUGUGUGUGUGGUUGCCUGCAGAAACGACAGUCACACCACCAAUUGAGGUACGGUGACCCGCGACGGUCGGUGUCGUCUCCGGGCAGUCAGAGAGUCCGUCACAGUAUCAGUGAGAAGGUGGCCCAUGCCAUCGAAAAGUUUGUCCUGCCUAACCGAAUACUGUCAAGGUGCACACACGCACUAACCCCAGGAUACAGACACACACGAGGACACACACACACACGCACUCGUUCAUGCAGUCAGGCUUUUCGUUCGAUGGUCUGCUUGCUCCGUGGUCGCUCUCUGACUCCAGUUGUGUGGCUCUCUCUCACUCUGUGUCGGCGGGUGCGGUACCUGUGUGUGUUGAUGGUUGUGUGCAGGACGGACACGCAUCGGUCUUCCCUUUCGGGAUCGGUGAUCUCAUACAAGUCAUCCAACGACAAGUCCAACGUGGACAAGAGAAACUCACGCAGAAACAGCCAGGUACCAACAGGGAGACACACAGAGACAUGCACACACAUGUCCCCCUCCUUGUGAUGCAGAUCAUCAUCCCUCUGCAAUAUUUGGAGGAUUCCAAGACGUUCGUGCAGCUGGACAACCUGCCAUCCUUCGACGAGAGCAGCCACACCGAUGACGACAACAACACACGACGCAACUCGACCCUCUCCCAACACACUGCACCCGCAGUGGCCAUGAUUGUCAACGGCACCGACAACGACGUUGACAAGCAGCAGAAGACUGAGAAUGAGAAGCGCAAGGAAGGCGAUGUGGUGGACGGGGCUGUGGUGGAGGCGGUGGCAGGUGCAGGUGUGGUGGGUGUCAAGCCGCCCAAGGCGGAUGACAAGGACAAAGAGAUGGCCGAGGCGGCACUGGACGACGCCCUCAACCAACUCUCGCUGUCGGUGCUCAAGAAGUGAACGAUCAAUGCCCAUCCAUACGUUGCAU